GGUCGUUUUUUAUAGUUAGUCUCUGUCGUGCAAGUCAUGAUUAGACACAUUAUUCUUUAAGCUUCCCGAUUAGCUUAUUAAAUAUCGUCUUACCUUUAUACCGCAUUUAUUCAUUAGUGUAUUUUUUUACACAUUUUUAUACAAUUAAUUAUUUUAUAAAAAAAAUUAACCUGAUAAUUUUUGUUUUGGCACUGUUAUUGUUUAAACCGUUCUAAGCCGUGCACUCCACGAUUCGGCUUUUUAUUGUCCAAUGUCUGGUGCUGAAGUACUAGACACCUCCUGUGAAUUGCCGGCUAAGAAGCGUAAACUGGCUUCCGGUGAAUCUGCUACAGUGUCUUCAGAAGUACCAAAAACUCAGGUAAUGAUGUCAACUAAGAAUGGUCUUGGAGAAAUCGACGAGGGUUUAUACUCUCGUCAACUUUAUGUGCUGGGACAUGAUGCCAUGCGAAAAAUGGCUACUUCUGACGUAUUAAUGAGUGGUCUCGGUGGUCUUGGUGUCGAGAUUGCUAAAAAUAUUAUACUAGGAGGUGUGAAAUCAGUAACACUUCAUGAUACUACUCUGUGUACAUAUAGUGAUUUAUCCUCUCAAUUUUAUUUGAGUAAAAAUGAUAUUGGUAAAAAUAGAGCUGUUAUUAGUUGUCCUAAAUUGGCUGAGCUUAAUUCUUAUGUCUCAGUUGAAUCGUAUACAUGUGAAUUAACAGAAGAUUAUAUUAAAAAGUUCAAAGUUGUUGUUUUAACUGAAACAACUUUAGAUGAACAACUACGCAUAUCAAAAGUAACACAUGCAAAUAAUAUUGCUUUAAUUAUUGCUGAUACUAGAGGUGUAUUUUCUCAAGUAUUUUGUGAUUUUGGUGAGGAAUUUAUUGUAACAGACACAACUGGUGAAAAUCCAAUCUCUGUUAUGGUUGCAGGUAUAACUAAAGAUAAACAAGGUGUUGUUACAUGUUUAGAUGAAACACGCCAUGGUUUAGAAGAUGGAGAUUAUGUUACGUUCCAUGAAGUACAGGGUAUGGCUGAUUUAAAUGGGUGUAUACCAAAAAGAAUAACUAGUCUUGGGCCAUACACUUUUAGUAUAGGUGAUACUACAUCCUUCUCUGAUUAUGUGAAAGGUGGUAUUGCUACACAAGUUAAAAUGCCAAAAAAAUUGUCUUUUAAAUCUUUAGAAAAUUCUUUAAAUGAUCCUGAGUAUUUAAUAUCUGAUUUUGGGAAGUUUGAUAGACCUUCACAAUUACAUUUGGCUUUUAAUACACUCCAUCAAUUCAGAAAUAAAUACAAUCGCUUACCAAUUCCUUGGAGUGUUGAAGAUGCAAAUAAAUUUAUCGAAGUAGCAGAAAGUAUAGUUGCAGAAAAUGUAGUACCUGAAAGUGAAGUACCAGUAAGUAAAAAAGAAGUAGCAAAAAAUACAAAUUCCAUGAAAAUUGAUGUUGAACUUUUAAAGACAUUUUCCAAAGUUUGUGCUGGAAAUAUAAAUCCUAUGACGUCUUUUAUUGGUGGUAUUGUAGCUCAAGAAGUAAUGAAAUCGUGCUCUGGAAAAUUCAACCCAAUUUUUCAAUGGUUAUAUUUUGAUGCAGUUGAAACUUUACCUGAAAAUGUUUCUGAAGUAGAUGCAAAACCUUCUGGAAAUAGAUAUGAUGGACAAGUUGCUGUUUUUGGUCAAAAAUUUCAAACAAAUCUUGGUAACUUAAGGUACUUUGUUGUUGGUUCUGGUGCUAUUGGUUGUGAGUUAUUAAAAAACUUUGCUAUUAUGGGUGUGGGAUGUGGAAAUGGAAAAAUCUAUGUCACAGAUAUGGAUUUAAUAGAAAAAUCAAAUUUAAAUAGACAGUUCUUAUUUAGAGAACAACAUGUUCAGAAGUCAAAAUCUAAAAUUGCAGCUGAAGCUAUCAAAUGUAUGAAUCCUGAUGUGAAGGUUGAACCUCAAACUAAUAGAGUAUGUCCAGAGACAGAAUCAACUUAUAAUGAUACAUUUUUUGAAAGCUUAGAUGGAGUUGCGAAUGCUUUAGAUAAUGUUGAUGCACGCAUAUACAUGGAUAGACGUUGUGUAUUUUACAAAAAACCUCUUCUAGAAUCUGGAACUUUGGGUACAAAAGGUAAUACUCAAGUUGUUAUACCUAAUUUAACUGAAUCUUAUAGUACUUCUCAGGAUCCACCAGAAAAAAGUAUACCAAUUUGUACCCUAAAAAAUUUUCCUAAUGCUAUUGAACACACAUUACAGUGGGCAAGAGAUAUGUUUGAGGGUUUAUUUAAACAAUCACCUGAGAAUGUAAAACAAUACUUAGAGAACCCAGCUACUUUUGUCGAACGCACUAAUCGUUUACCAGGACUUCAACCAGUAGAAAUUAUGGAAAGUACUCGAUCUUCUAUAGUUGAACGUCCAAAUAACUUAGAUGAUUGUAUUGCAUGGGCUAGAUUACAUUUUGAAGAACAGUUUACAAAUCAAAUAAAGCAGCUUUUAUUUAACUUUCCACCUGAUCAAAUGACAUCAAGCGGGCAACCAUUUUGGUCAGGACCAAAAAGGUGUCCUAAGCCUAUUUUGUUUGAUGUAAACAAUAUUUUACACCUGGAUUACAUUUUUGCAGCAGCAAAUUUAAGAGCACAAACUUAUAACAUACAACAAGUUAGGGAUCGAGCUUAUAUUUCUAAUGUUGUAAGUUCAGUGAAAGUUCCUGAAUUUGUACCGAAAUCCGGUUUGAGGAUUGCAGAAAAUGAUUCACAAAUUACUAAUGGUUCAUCAAAUUAUGAUUCGAGUAAACUUAAUAAAAUACUAAAAGAUUUACCACCAGCUAAUGAUCUUACAGAUUUGAAAAUAGUGCCUUUAGAAUUUGAAAAAGAUGAUGAUAAAAAUCUACACAUUGAUUAUAUUGUAGCUGCAUCUAAUUUAAGAGCAACAAAUUAUGAAAUACAACCUGCUGAUCGCCAUAAAAGUAAAUUGAUUGCUGGUAAAAUUAUUCCUGCAAUUGCUACAACAACUUCAGUAGUUGCAGGACUUGUAUGUCAAGAAUUAAUUAAGUUAGCUAUGGGCUUUAAAGAACCUGAAAAAUACAAAAAUGGUUUUGUUAAUUUAGCAUUACCUUUCUUUGGCUUUUCAGAGCCUUUGCUUGCACCCAAGUUUAAGUAUUAUGAUAUUGAAUGGACAUUAUGGGAUCGUUUUGAAGUAGAAGGUGAAUUAACAUUAAAUGAAUUUUUAAAUUAUUUCAAAGAGAAACAUUCAUUAGAAAUUACUAUGCUGUCUCAAGGAGUUUGUAUGCUUUAUUCAUUUUUUAUGCCUAAUGCUAAGAGAGAAGAACGAAUCAAUAUAAAAAUGUCUGAAAUUGUACGUAAUGUUUCAAAAAAAAAAAUUGAGCCUCAUGUCAAAUCAUUGGUUUUUGAAAUAUGUUGUAAUAACUUAGAAGGUGACGAUGUAGAAGUACCUUAUGUUAAAUACAAUCUACCAAAAGAUUUUCAAUAUUAAGAUGUGAUGCGUCAAUAAAAUCAGAAAUGAAUUUUCAAAAUUAAAAUAGCUAAAAUAUAAUUAUACAUAAUAUAUAUAUAUACCUAAUAAGUGAUAUUGUGUUAGUUGUCACAUACACUAUGAAACUAAUGUUUUUUUACUUAAGAUGUUGAAUAAAAUGUAUUUUUCAUAAUUCGUAAUCCAUUAUAAAUUCUGGUGUUUUGGCUUAUCUUAGAAAACAUAUUUAUUUUCAUAUCUAUUAAUUGAACUCAAUAGAAUUGUAAUAAAAUGAUGUGAUUUAUUCAAUUCAGUUAAUUUUAUAAUUUAAUAACUUUUAAUUAAAUUAUGCUAUGUGUGUUUA